GAUGUUCUUUCUGGAUGCAUUCUUGAAGGGUCUGAAGCCAAAUUUCAACGAUGAUUCGGUGGAUCGAGUAAAUUACUACUACCUACCACUGAUACUCAUCAUUUUUGCAUUAACACUCAGCGCAAAACAGUAUGUACGUCGGACAACCAAUCCAGUGCUGGGUGCUUGGGAGCAGUACAGUGAAAACUAUUGCUUUGUGCAAAAUACCUACUUCUUGCCGCUGGAUCACUACAUACCUCGAGAUUUGCAGGAACGCGAAGACCGUGAAAUUGGUUACUACCAGUGGGUGCCUUUCAUUUUGGGUAUACAGGGCAUUUUAUUCUAUCUACCCUGUCUUAUAUGGCAACUACUGAAUUGGCAAUCAGGAAUAGCAGUAAAAGGCAUUGUUGUGAUGUCACAGGAUGUGAGUAAUAUGCAAUCCGAAAAAAGAAAGGAUUCAGUUGAAGUUGUAGCCUCGCACAUCUACGAUUCACUAAGAGCACAGCGAAAACUUAGCCGCCGCGGCCCCAUUGCAUCAUUCCUCCAAAAGCGACCCCUUCAUUUCUAUUACUGAAA